UCAUUUUCAGCAGAAUUAAAAGGAGAAACAAAUCUAUGCUGUUUAGCAUCACUUUUCUUAAGACUUUAGAAGCAACAGUCCUGACUGUUUAAAAUGCACAGCUUCUGUGUGAGAACUGUGCUAUUGUUUAUUUCCUCUACUCUAUGUGUUUCUGGGAUAACAAGAGAGUAUUUUAUCCAGAUAGAAGAGGUGGAGUGGAACUAUGCACCCAGCGGGAUGAACCUAAUUCAGAACCGGCCGAUUGAUGAGGAUGAAGAAGCCUCAAUCUUUUUGAAAAGAGGUCCCCAGCGAAUUGGAGCAGUCUACAAGAAAGCUGUCUACAAGCAGUACACUGACGCCACCUACGGACAAGAAAUACCUAAGCCCAUUUGGCUUGGUUACAUGGGCCCAAUGUUGAUGGCUGAGAGUGGAGACAAAGUUGUAAUCCAUCUAAAAAAUUUAGCAUCCCGACCUUACACUGUCCACCCGCAUGGACUGACUUACACCAAAGGCAAAGAGGGAGCCUUGUAUCCAGAUGGAACCGGCCCGAUGCUAAAGGAGGAUGAUGCUAUACCUCCGGGAAAAGUGUUUACUUAUGAGUGGGUCCUUACGGAUAACCACGGUCCAACGAGUGAUGACAGUAACUGUGUGACCCGGUUUUAUCACUCUCAUCUCAACACAGCAAAAGACAUCAGCAGUGGAUUACUUGGACCUCUUCUUAUCUGUAAAAAAGGAACUCUGGGCACAUGUGGUGACAAAUAUGCAAACCAAGCCUUCACCGUGAUGUUCAUGGUGUCAGAUGAAAAUUUGAGCUGGUACAUCGACGCCAACAUUGAAACAUUUGUCUCAGAUCCUAUUGAGAACCUGAAAAACGAUGAGGGUUUUAUAGAGAGCAAUAAGAUGCACGCUAUCAAUGGUUUUAUGUAUGGUAACCUACCUGGACUAAAUAUUUGCCAAGGCAACAAAGUAAACUGGUACACUAUUGGCUUCGGGAAUGAGGUGGACAUGCAUUCAGUUCAUUUCCACGGUCAGAUCCUGACUGCUCUGAACCACCACACCGAUACGCUCAGUCUGUUCCCGGCCUCCAGCAUCACAGCUGCAAUGGUUGCACAAAACCCUGGACUCUGGCUGCUGGCCUGCAAUGUUAAUGACCAUUUCUUGGCUGGAAUGCAGGCUUUCUUUAGGAUCUUCAUUUGUCAUCCUAACGCUCAUAAGAAGAGCUCAGUCAGCAAACUGAGAGAGUACUUCAUCGCAGCUCAGGAGCAGGUCUGGAACUAUGCUCCCAAUAUACCAGAGGAAAGUGAGGCGCAGAUAUUUGUGAGCAACGGUCCAAACCGCAUAGGAAGCAGCUACAAGAAGGUUCGCUAUGUGGGAUACACUGACAGCAGCUUUAGAAAGAAGAUCCAUCACGACACACAGGACCACCUAGGAAUUCUGGGUCCUGUUCUGCGAGCUGAGGAGGGAGACCUCAUCAGGGUCGUGUUCAAAAACGAAGCCAGCCGGCCGUACUCCGUUCAGGCCCAUGGAGUGCAGUACACAAUAGAUCAGGAGGGAACGCUCUACAGUGACAGAUAUCAAGGACAUGAAACUCCACUGCCAGCUUCUUUUGUCAGGCCGGGGGCAGUGUACGCCUAUGAGUGGACCGUGCCAAACGGGGCAGGACCUGAGGAGGGGGAACCCGACUGUCUGACGUACCUGUACUACUCUGCUGUUGACCAAGUCAAAGACACCAGCUCCGGUCUGGUGGGACCUCUUCUUAUCUGUCGACCUGGAUCUCUAGAAGAAGGGAUGCAGAAAAACUACAACAAAGAGUUUCACCUCAUGGCCACGGUGUUUGAUGAGAACCUCAGCUGGUAUCUUGAUGAGAACAUUCAGACUUUCACCACGUCUCCCCAGACGGUUGAUAAGCAAGAUACAGGCUUUAUAAUGAGCAAUAAGAUGCAUGCUAUCAACGGGUAUGUGUAUAACAACUUACCAGGCCUGAGGAUGUGCAAAGGGGACAAAGUCUCAUGGCACCUGUCGGCACUGGGAACAGAGACGGACAUCAUCAGCUUUUAUUUCCAGGGGAACCGUUUCAUCUACCGGCAGAACAGACGAGACAGCAUCAGCGUUUUCCCUCACAUCUCACACACCGUCACUAUGGAGCCAGACAGCAUGGGCCAGUUUGAAGUGGCAUCGGCCACUCUGGACCACUAUCGCUAUGGGAUGCGAGCCAACUACAUUGUGGACUGGAGUAACCUGUAUCAGCGCCGCAAUUGGAUAACCCACACAAGAACAUACUUCAUCGCUGCUGUAGAAAUUGAAUGGGACUACUCUCCAAGCCGAGCCUUUGAAGCAGAACUGUACAACGGUGUAAAUAAUCCUGCCAUAAUCUUUGUGGAUCGAGGAACAGGAUUUAUAGGUUCCCGUUACAAAAAGGUUGUUUACAGGGAGUUUACAGAUUGCACGUUUACAACCGAGGUGAGGCGAGGACCUGAUAUGAACCAUCUUGGCGUCAUGGGUCCAAUUAUUCAUGCUUUUGUUGGUGAACAAGUCAAAAUAGUUUUUAAGAAUAUGGCAUCCAGAACGUAUUCUAUCCAUGCACAUGGAGUCAAGACGGCUUCCCCCCACGUCUACGAAACAAAACCAGGGGAAAUUCACACGUACACCUGGUACAUUACCAAAAAUACAGGACCGACCCCUGAACAGGAGCCAUGCAUUGCGUCAGCGUACUUCUCCACUGUAGACGUCACGAAGGACCUCAACAGUGGGCUGAUUGGUCCCCUGGUUAUCUGCCGUGGCUGGAAUAAGAUUUUUCGACUGAAGGGAAAUGUGAAAGAGUUUGCAACACUGUUCUUUAUCUUUGAUGAAAACGACAGCUGGUACCUGGAUGAUAACAUCAAAGAGUACAUCAGUAACCCCCAACCAGACUUAAAAAGUGAUGAAAACUUUAUAGAGAGCAACAAGAUGCAUGGCAUUAAUGGUUAUGUUUACGGUAACCUUCACUUGUACAUGGAAGUUGGUAACAGAGUUUACUGGCACAUCCUGGGAAUGGGGAAUGAAGUGGACAUACACACCGUGCACUGGCAUGGUCAUAGUUUGGAGUAUAAGUUGGGAGGAAAUCUUUACCGCACUGACGUCUAUGAGCUGUUUCCAGCCACCUUUCAGACGACAAAGUUAAUUCCCUUGUUUCCCGGUUCCUGGCUGUUCCACUGUCACGUCCACGACCACAUUAAAGCUGGAAUGGAAGCUGUGUAUACUGUCCUUGAAAAACCUAGGAUCCACUGAAACGCUGAGAUGACAACAGAAAAAAAUGACGAGAAGCCAAAGUCACCUUUUUUUAUUUCUCUUGACAGCAAAUGACUAUGGGCCAUAAAAGAAACUAAUCAAAGCUUGA